GAGUUGUUUUGUGUCUGUUGAAGGGAGCGGUCGCGUGAGCGUGGAGGAGGGCGUGAGGCGUCUGACGCGUAUGACGUGGCGAGCUGGAUCAGCCGAAGUCUCUAUACUUCAAUAGAUCAGUGUCGCUUUUGGCGCUUUCAAAAUAACAUUGUUUGUCAGAAAUGGAGGUAAACACAUGCAACAUUCAAGUGCUUUUGCAGGCAGCUGAAUAUUUGGAGCGAAGGGAAAGAGAGGCCGAGCACGGUUAUGCCUCAGUGCUUCCAUUCUACAGUAAAGGAGUUACAGAUAAGAGAAAAAAGCAGAAAUCAAAGAGUCCGUCGCCUGGGAGCAGCAGGUCUGUUCACAAUGAGUUGGAGAAACACAGGAGAGCUCAGUUAAAACAUUGUUUGGAGCAGCUGAAGCAGCAGGUUCCUCUUUCCUCAGAUUCAGCUAGAAACACAACCCUCAGUCUGCUCAGACAAGCACAGCUGCACAUCAAGAAGCUGCAGAAACAGGACGAGCGUGCAGAGCUGCUGAAGGAUCGUCUGCGCUGGGAGCAGAGAGAACUGCGCACACGGCUGGAAAAACUGCAGGGCGGUUCAGAGAGGAUGCGUAACGACAGCCUUGGCUCAGCUGUGUCCUCUGAGAGAUCCGACUCUGAGAGAGAGGAUGUUGAAAUUGAUGUGGAGAGCAUGGUGUGGACUCUGGAGUCAGAUGGACUGGGCUCAUCACAUGCUGGGGUGGACCAUAGCUACUCUACCUCUGAUUACAACUGGUCAUGACCGUCCCAGAUCUACAAACGACACAGAAUGGUAUUAAGUGGAUGAGGGACUGAGGAAAAAAUGUUUGAUGGGCUUUACCAUCGUCACCACAGAACGGCCUUAUGUUGCUGCCAUUCUGAAAACAUCAGCUGCAAACAACGUCUAAGCAUGACUGGAAUUUAUUUUGUGUAGUGUAUUCUUUACACUAAUGGCAUUACGGUGCUCUAGUAUGCUAUACACUCGUGAGAUUCAAGUGUAACAAGUUUGGUGAUGCUUUAUGUCCACAGAAUGAUUUAAUUUUUUUUUUUGGUCUGGAUUAGUUCCUGCAUUGUACCUGCUAGUUGUUUUCUAUCCAGCUAAUGAGCUUAACUUUAGGGUCUGCCUGCAGUACACAUUGGCUUGCACUUAAAUGUUUAAUAUCCAGCUUAUUUUGUUUCUGUUUUAAAAGUCGAGUUUUGAUACAUUGCACAAAGCAUACGCAUGAGCACUUGUGAUGUCUCUUUAGAUGUGUGGUAUUCCUUUUAGGUUUGCUAAUAUGUGAAACUGCAGAUCAUGUCAAUGCAUCUUUUUUUCACGUUAAAUAUAUAUUUUUUUCUAAUUGAAAAAACAAAUCCUGGGGAGGCUAAUUCAAAGGUUGUGAUGCAAUUCAUAAGGAAAGAUUUCUUUCCUUUACAGCCAUGCAUUUAUUAUUUGCUAUUGGGUAAAGGUACAGUUGGGUUUGAAAUGAUUAUCUGUAUCAUCUUGAUGUUUUAUUUACUUUCUACUGUUUUGAUUUGGUCCUGUGCUUUGGUUCACUCCAGAGAAACAAAGCUGGUGCUAUUCAAACACCCAACAACAAGCUAUUAUGUUGAGCCCUAAGAAGCCUGAAAAAAAAAUAUAUAUAUAUAUAUUUUUUUAGAGGAUUUUCAGCAGUUUAAUCCAUCAUCCCCUAAGAAGUGUUAGUCUGCUCAUGUGAAAUUUUUUUUUUUUUUAUGCAUACCUUUAAACUGCAAUUCAGUAUGUUUGUAGUAGUAACAAAAUACAUGGGCUGUAUUUGCAAACUGUGCAGUAUCUGCUUAUAUCAAUCAUUUAUGCAAACUAUUAUGAACAUGCCUUUGUUUUCCGCUGUUUGUACAGUAAUUGUUAAUGUAUACAGCAAAAUGUACAUUGUAUAUACAGUUCUGAACACCAAAUGCCUUAUGAAAUAUUUGUAUGUCAUUGGACCAGGAACACCUUUGUAUUUAUGUCUCUCCUUGUAUUCAUAUGUAGCAUUUUAUUAUUUUUUACCAACACAAGCCUUUUGUACAAAUAAAUAUUUUAUGUAUUUAAUUUGACUUGUCA